AUGGUAGAAAGAGGGCCCGACCAGUGGUUGGAGAAGAUAAAAAAAUGCCAGUCACUUAGUGAAAGUGAGAUGAAACAACUAUGCGAGAUGGUGAAGGAACUCUUGAUGGAGGAGUCCAACAUCCAGCCUGUACAGACGCCAGUAACGGUGUGCGGAGACAUCCACGGUCAGUUCCACGAUCUUCUGGAGCUGUUUAGAACCGCAGGCGGGUUCCCAGACGAAGUCAACUACAUCUUUCUGGGUGACUACGUGGACCGUGGCUACUACAGUUUGGAAACUUUUACGCUUUUGAUGUGCUUGAAAGUGCGGUAUCCUGCUCGGCUCACUCUCGUGCGUGGUAACCACGAGUCGCGUCAAAUCACACAGGUAUACGGAUUCUACGAAGAGUGUUUGAACAAAUACGGAUCCACCACAGUGUGGAAGUACUGCUGCCAAGUAUUCGACUUUCUCACACUGGCUGCCAUCAUUGAUGGGAAAAUACUAUGUGUUCACGGUGGAUUAUCCCCAGAAAUUCGUAUGCUAGAUCAAAUUCGGGUAUUGUCCAGAGCUCAAGAGGUUCCACACGAAGGUGGGUUUUCGGAUCUGCUGUGGAGUGAUCCGGACAAUGUAGAGGCAUGGCAGGUAUCGCCGCGUGGUGCCGGGUGGCUCUUUGGAAGUAAAGUGGCGCGCGAGUUUAACCACGUUAACGGCCUGAAUCUAAUUGCACGGGCACACCAACUUGUCAUGGAAGGUUUCAAAUACCAUUUCCCGGAGAAAGACGUAGUGACGGUUUGGUCCGCUCCUAACUACUGUUACCGUUGCGGUAACGUGGCUAGUGUAAUGAAGGUGGACGAAGAUUUGGAGCCCACUUUCAAAAUCUUUUCGGCGGUGCCCGACGACUACAUUCAGGAAACGAAUACCAAUAACCAACGAGGCGGCUACUUCUUGUGA